AUGACCACACUGAAUCAAAAGAAAGUGCAGCAUCCUGCCGUGGAAAUUGAAGACGAAGGGUUGGAGGUCCUCACCAUCCUACACGAAGACGCGUCUGGAACGAAGGACACCACGCGCUCCAGGAUAUGCGACCUGCCGUCCGAGUUGCUCGCCCGUAUCAUGUUAACAUGCAUGUUCCUGGACUUCGGCUCCCAAGAUUCUCAGUUGAUCCUUCUCACUCACGUCUGCUGGUACUGGCGGUCUGUUGCCCUCUCCUACCCUCAUCUUUGGUCCUACUUUGGCGUAGAUAAGAGCUCGAACCCAGAUAGGAAGAUGGUCUUUCUAGAACGGUCCAAAUCAGCGCUCUUGAAUAUCAACGUUAAUUUCUCCUCACUUCUGGCAAUGGACGCCUCCUUGAUCAAAGCUAUAGUACGCGCGAUCAGGCAAACAUCGAGGCUGCGUUGUCUUGAGCUCCGAGUUGCCGAGAUAGAUCUCUUCGAGGGCCUGUUGGCGGAUCCCGCUCCCUAUCUUCAGGAUCUCAAGCUUGUCUACCAGCCUGAGGAUCACGACGCUAUAUGGACGAGGCGAAUUGAUUGUGAACUUUUCGGUCGGGAGACGCCAGCCUUACGAAAACUCUCCCUAUACGGAUGCACUCUCAUCUGGGGCUCGAUGAUCUUCUCCGGGCUCACACGACUCGAGAUCGAGCACCUCUUUGAUGACUUUCAGAUCAGUACUUCGGAGUUUCUGGACACCCUUAACUGCUGCGCGCCAACUCUGGAGGUCCUCAAGCUCACCGGCUGCUUGGCCCACGCCACCGCUUCCUCUCCCUUGUGGACAACGUACCGUGAGGCAGUGAAGCUUCCCCGCCUCGAUUAUCUGCACUUGGACGAGUUGUAUUUCUCCGACUUCUCGCAUUACCUGUCUUGUCUCGAUCUCCCACCCACUGCCCACAUUAGCGUGUCUCACGUGGACGAACACAAUCCGGAACUCGACAUUCCAGCUGCUGGCUCGAUGCUCCCCGAACGGCUUUUCUCCCCAUCUGAUCCUUACGCGGGCCCUUCAUGCUAUCUUAGACUGUUGUUCAUCAAAGGGAAGAAAGGGCUCUUCGGGCUGACGCUCUGCAACAAGGACGUUCAUGUAGGCAAGGCGCCAUGGUACCGCUAUGAACCGGAGCGGGAGAGACGCCUACCUCUCAGCGCUUCAUUUCGCUGGCCCGUAGACGAGGAUGCAGGGCUCAGCGCGUAUAGCCGUAACCUCCACAAAAGCCUUCCUCUGUCGGACGUCCACACCUUAAGAUUGGAUGGCGAUUACGUACCCACCGAACGCUCGUUUUGGGAAGGACUAUUUCUCAAUGCCACGAACGUACACCACCUAUUCCUUGGCUCCGCACUUCGCGAAGGCCAUCUGGUGAGCGUCUUGGACGCCCUUACUCCCCAGGCUGAAGAGUCUUCGGAGGCCGGUGGUGUAAUCCUUUUGCCCCGUCUAGCUCAUCUGCAUAUCUCGACUAGACGCGUCGCGAACGUGGAAAGUCAGCACGUGGUUGACGUUCUCAAUGCCCGUGCGCACGCAGGGGCAAAUGUGGAGAUCGUGACCGUUCAAAAAUCCAGCAAACCAAGGUUGAAGGCGUACGCGGUGUCUAUUGGAGCUACGAUGGUCGUCGAUUUGUACAGCAGGGGGCAGUAG